AUGGCUGCAGAGUCUCGCCGAGUCCUUUAUCUUGCUGGUCGACUGGCUGCACAGUCCGUGGAUACCUCAGGCCUCCGGCAUGUACAGCUAGCCUUCUUCCCGCCGGGCACCGUGCAGCCACUGGAGCGGGGAGUUGUCCAACAGGUGAAGGGUCACUACCGCCAGGCUAUGCUGCUCAAGGCCAUGGCUGCGCUAGAGGGCCAAGAUCGUUCAGGCCUGCAGCUGGUCCUCAUGGAGGCCCUGCACUUCGUGGCUGCAGCUUGGCAGGCAGUGGAGCCUUCUGACAUAGCUGCCUGCUUUCGUGAGGCUGGCUUCGGGGGUGGCCCAAAUGCUACCAUCACCACUGCCCUCAAGAGCGAGGGAGAGGAAGAGGAGGAGGAAGAAGAAGAAGAGGAAGAGGAGGGAGAAGGGGAGGAAGAGGAGGCAGAGGAGGAGGAGGAAGAAGGGGAGGAAGAGGAGGAAGGGGGGGAAGGAGAGGAGUUGGGGGAGGAGGAGGAGGUGGAAGAGGAGGCUGAUGUUGAUGACAGUGAGGAAGAGGAGGAGGAGGAGGAGGAGGAAGAGGAGAGCUCCUCUGAGGGCUUGGAGGCAGAGGACUGGGCCCAGGGUGUAAUGGAGGCCGGUGGCAGCUUCGGAGGCUAUGGUGCCCAGGAGGAGGCCCAGUACCCUACCCUCCAUUUCCUGGAAGGUGAGGCAGACUCUGAGUCGGACAGUGAGGAAGAGGAGGACGAUGAUGAAGACGAUGACGAUGAAGACGAUGAAGAUGAGGAUGGUGAUGAGGUGCCUGUGCCUAGCUUUGGGGAGGCCAUGGCCUACUUCGCUAUGGUAAAGAGGUAUCUGACCUCCUUCCCCAUCGAUGAUCGUGUGCAGAGCCACAUCCUCCACUUGGAACAUGAUCUGGUCCAUGUGACCAGGAAGAACCAUGCCAGGCAGGCAGGAGUUCGGGGUCUUGGACAUCAAAGCUGAGCCACUGGGCCUAGCCAUGCCCUCAACCCAGAUGUGGCAGCACCAGCCCAGGGCAAAAGGACUCUCUGGGCAGCUGCUGUGGAUGGAGCCAGAGUAGGGAGCCCCAGAUGCUACCAUCACUUUAGCGAUAUUCCCCAGGCCCUGUGAACAAGCCCAGUCACCUUGGUAGGGCCCAGGGUUGGGGUCAGCCUCACUGCCUGCUUAUUGCCUCUUUCUCAGAGUCCUCUUUCCUCCCCAUUUGCCCCUGAACUUGGGGGACCAGGUGGGGAGCUGUCCGGUGCUACCACACCAUGCCAUCAGUGGACUAGGCCACAGCAGCCACCAGGGAUGGGCCCUGGAGGCUCCCGGCCAGACAGUGCCUCUCCCCUCUGCCGUCCACACCAGGUCUUUGGUGGGGGGGACCCCAAAGCCAUUCUGGGAAGGGCUUCAGAGGAAGGUCCAGCCUAGGCCCCUAUGAGGCUGGCAGCCCCCCAUCCCUGCCCCCAGACCGCCUCAAGAAGCACAGUCUAACCACAGGCUCCUAAGCCUGCUUCUGCCUGCUUUCCCACCUCCCCAAUCCCUUUCUCUGGCCCAGCCCAUGUUACUUUGGCCCUUGGUUUUCUCAACAGAUUGGAGGUUCCUAAGAGGCCCUCCAGGGGAGUGAAAAUGGGCAUUUCUCUUGUGGGCAGCUGCAGGCCCCAUGCCUCUCCUUCCUCCUGGCAGGGUCCUAUCUUGGGCAGGGGGCCUGGGUCUGGGCCCAGAGUCCAGUUGUCCAGCUGCUCCUUUCCCAGUAUGAAUUCAAUAAAUCCAUCCACUCCCUUUUUGUGGGGUGAAUGUUUUAACAGCCAA